AUGAGUGCAGAUCCACAGACACCUCCCCCCGCCACCGCCACCGCCACCGCCACCUCCACCGCUACCGCCACUGCCUCCCCGGCAAAACUCCAAACCGCUAUCGAUUCCCUCUCCUCCAUCGUCCCUGCUCUGUCCACGCUCACCCCCUCCAAUCUCCUUACCAACCCCGACCUCUACUCCAACAUCUCCGCCCUCCUCCGCCAACCCAACUCCGGCGCAGGCGACAACAACCUCUGCCGCUGGCUUUACGACACGUUCCAGUCCGGCGUCGCGGACCUCCAACUCCUCGUCCUCCGCUUUCUCCCGGUCAUCGCCGGCGUCUACCUCUCACGCGUCGCCGACCGGAAACCCCAAGCCGGCUUCGAAGCCGUUCUCUUAGCCCUCUACGCGCACGAAACAACCUCACGCGCUGGGCAGCCUGUGUCCAUCACAAUCCCCGACCUCACGCAACCCAGCGUCUACCACGAGGCCACCGGCAAAAGCCCCAGCAAAAGCACCGGCGCCGCCGAGUCCGACCUCGCAGUGGUAUCCCACGCGCUGGAGCCCCACGGCACUGUGCGGUCCACGCGCCGGGCCCGCAUUGUGGGCGUGGCGCUGGAACUCUACUACACCAAGAUCGCCCACAUGCCAAUAUCUUCAAAGAUCGAUUUUUGCGAGUUUUGCAAGGUGUGGGCGGGGCAAGAAGGAGAGAUGUAUGAGAAGUUCGAAGAGGAUGAAGAAGAGAACGAAGAAGGAGGGGUUGGUUCUGCCAUGGAAGUUAAAGUGAGGAAGAAGGUUGAGGGUAGGGUUCCUCUGUGUUGGGAACUGUUACAACCUGUUAUGAGGAUUCUGGCACACUGUUUGUUGGGACCAAAUAACAACAAGGAGGUUGUGCUUUUUGAGAAGGCCAAUGAAGCAUGCAGGUCCUUGUUUGCAAGGAGCAUGCAUGAUGUUAACCCUAAAGCCAUUCUUCCCAUGAGGAGUCUCAUGAGGCUUUCCAAAACUCUUAUGCCCAACUCCAAACACCUUGAUCCCACUGAACUUCCUUAUUCUGAUGUUAUCUCUCUUUGA